AUGCUUCAUCAUGUCCAUUCCGCAGAACUCCAACAACCAAGUAAUUCUUCCUAUCCUUAUUAUUUUAAUUUAUCUCUCAAUGCAACUGCCAAUAAUCAUUCGCUUUAUUUUAGUCCAUUGGUGUUUGUGAAUCCGAGUGUGAACAAUACUACUCCAUAUCCAUCCUUUGGUUCAGUCAUGAUCGAUUCUGGUCUGUAUUAUUUCACUGAUUAUUCGAAUUUUAGAGAUUCCAUGAUGUAUUUCACAUCGAACAAAAUUGAUGUGUGUCAAUAUGUUCGACAAACUGGAAAUAAUAUUGCUGAGGAUGGAAGUAAUGCUUGUGAAUACAUAUUUUGUGAUACAAAUGCAACAGUUGCUGAGCCUUUUUAUAAGCAAUUAGCUCAAGGAAGUAUUCUUGGAUUGGUAGAAAUGUAUUGCAAAUAUUGUGAUUUAGGAAAUAAUACCUUGAAAGCCAGAGUUUGGAAUGUUUCAACAUGUCCUUACAUUCGUCGAACUUGUGAAGUUGCCAUGUCACGUGACAGUUCGAUGGAUCAAGCCGCAUUGUGUGGCAGUGAACAAAGUACAUGCUUACCAUUUCCUUAUUUUGAUGGGAAAAAAUUUUCAUUAGAUAAUCUUUAUUAUUGCUAUUGUGAAAAUGAAAAUCGAUGGGGAAUUGAUUGCAAAGAUUUUGGAGUUGUUGACGCUCGGUUAUAUAUUGAUUGGAUUGUUUUUACCCUUGCAUAUGGAGUUGAAGCCAUUAUUGCCAUUUUUGUCUUGUUCUUGCCAGGACUUUUACAAAUUUCCUAUUUGAAAGCCAUUCGAUAUUUGUUUUUAAGAUUCAACACGUACAUUCGAACAUUAUGGACCGGAAGUGCAGAAAAUCCAAUGGGCUAUGCCGAUGAACAAAUUUAUGGCACUCCAUUCAAGUGGUUCUCUGUUCGUCAUUUAAGACUCAUUGUCAUGGUGGUCAUUUCCAUUUCCUUAUUCUCUUAUACAUUGGUGAGAAUUAUUUGCCAUGCUGCAAAACCUUUCGGAUUGUUUGCCAUCACCGAUGUUUUCCUUGCUCUAUGUUUUUAUUUCAUGACCACUGGUUUUCUGCUGAUUGCCGUUCUAUGGAGUAAUAUAGCCUUAUCGGACAAGAGAAAAGGAGGUACAGAUGUGUUGAUGAUGCCUCUACGAGUAAUCCUAUUCGUUGUGUUGGGAUUGAUGUUGCUAUUGGCCAUUGCUUACAUCAUUGCCGAGCAAUUACUCACAUUGGCGAGUGGAAUUGUUUUAAUCUUCUCCAUGAUUGUGUUCAUUGGGUUGGCCGUUGCUUUAUUUUCUUUCGGUUUGAAAUUGUAUUGGGAUUUAUCCAAAAUUAGAAAGGAUGGAGUUUCGAUUACUUCGUUGCGUUUUACCAAAUUCAUGUUUGCAAGUUGUGUCGUGUUUGCAUUGACCUGCUUGUUCUUUUUAUUGGCUGCACUGACCAAAGUGUCGCAUACGGGCAUUCUCUCCAAAUAUUAUGCACUGUGGCAGAAUUUAUUUGUGGACUUUUUCAUGUUGUGUCAUUAUGCCUUGUUGAUUUAUAUCCUGUAUGAUCAUAAGGCAGCCAUGGAUUUGUAUGAGUUUGUGUAUUGGCCUUUCUGUUCGUGUUGUUUCAGAAAGAAUAAGUCUUCGGAGAAAUAA